ACCCACGAGGAGAACAUAUCGCUACAAUGUUUAUAAACCAACUAUUGUCGAUAUUAGCAUUAUGUGUUUGGAUGGCGACGGCGGUCGCCAAGUCGCACACCCACACAUAUGACUUCAACGUGACGUAUGUCGACGCCAAUCCUGACGGCAUUUUUGAAAGACGGGUAGUAGGGAUCAAUAACCAAUGGCCAGUUCCCACCAUUCGGGUACAAAAGGGCGACCGUGUGGUGGUUAACGUCAACAACCAGUUGCCCGACAAGAACACGUCGUUGCACUUCCACGGAUUAUUCCUCAAGGGCCAGAAUGCCAUGGAUGGACCUGAAAUGGUGACCCAGUGUCCUAUUCCUCCAGGGUUUACUUUCACGUAUAACUUCACAGUUGAUGACCAGGUGGGGACCUUCUGGUACCACUCGCACUCGGGCACACAGUAUGGGGACGGCUUAAGAGGCUUGUUUAUUAUUGAAGAGGCAGAAGGCGAUUUGAAGCCAUUUGAAUAUGACGAAGAAGUUACGGUUACCGUGAGUGAAUGGUACCACAAAGAAGGCCCCGAGUUGAUGGCCAAGUUUUUGAACAGGUAUAAUCCCACGGGGGCGGAGCCAAUUCCACAGAAUACGCUUUUCAACGACACAAAGAACGUGACGUGGGACGUAUUGCCUAACACCACGUACUUUGUGAGACUCGUGAAUGUUGGAUUAUUUACGUCUCAAUACUUGGCCUUGGAGGACCACACCUUCACCAUUGUGGAGGUAGACGGGGUCUACGUGGAGCCCUACGAAGUUUCAUCGAUAUACAUUUCUGCCGCCCAAAGAUACGGAGUGUUGGUCAAAACCAAGAAGUCUACCGACAAAAACUACCGGUUUUUCAAUGCCAUCGACAAGGAAAUGUUGGACGUGUUGCCUGCUGACUUGCAACUUCUCUCGACCAACAUCAUGCGGUACAGCACUGAGGCCAAAACCCCUGAAGUGGUGGAUGGAACCGAAGCUAAUUUCGAUAACUUUGUUGCGGCGUUAGAAGACUUUGACGACUUUAACAUCAAGCCCCUUGAAAAGGUCCUGUUGUACGGGGAUCCCGACGUCCAGCUCGUGUUGGACUUCACGAUGGAUAACUUGGGUGAUGGGGUGAACUAUGCGUUCUUCAAUGACAUCUCAUACACGGCUCCCAAGGUGCCUACAUUGUACUCGGUGAUGAGCAGCGGUAAGUACUCAAAUGUGGUGGAUAUUUACGGGUCCAACACCAAUGCGGUGGUGUUGCAAAAGGACGAGGUGGUGGAGAUUGUGUUGAACAAUAGAGACCCUGGGAAGCAUCCAUUCCACUUGCAUGGGCAUGUGUUCCAGAUUAUCAAGCGAAGUGAAAAAGGUGACGACGACGACAACCCAAUUGUGUACGACCCAAGCAACCCCGAACACAAACAGUACCCCGAGUAUCCUCUCAGAAGGGAUACCUUGUUGGCUAACCCCAACGGGUUCAUUAUCUUGAGAUUCAAAGCCACCAACCCUGGGGUUUGGCUCUUCCAUUGUCACGUGGACUGGCACUUGGAACAAGGAUUGGCCAUCACCUUGGUAGAGGCUCCCAGCGAGAUCCAAAAGCAGUCUGUUCCACAGAACCACUACGACUCCUGUGCUGCUGCCAAUAUUUCUGGCCGUGGUAAUGCUGCCGGAAACUACGGAGACACACAAGAAGCAUGGGUGGACUUGACGGGUGAAAGAGUCCAGUUUGCUCCUUUACCCCCGGGCUUCACCACCAAGGGAUAUGUGGCAUUCUUUUUGUGUACGGUGUUUGCAUUGUACGGACUCCACACCAUCUACAAGUACGGAAUGGAAGAUGUCAAGGUCGAUAACAACCAACAAAUGGUACACAAGUUGUACCGUCUCUUGGAUGAAUACGGGGCAUUGGAUGAGAACGAGGGUAUUAGUUUGAACAGUGACGUUCAGGGCCAAGCUCUGGAGUCCAAUUAGGAUGAAGGUUUAUAAGAAUAAAAUGCAUUU